UAGGCGAGCGCGGGGCGGGCCGGCCGGGGGCGGUGCCUCGCCUAAGGCUCCUAUAAGGAGCUGUCCGCCACCCCGGUGCUGAAUCCAGCUCUAACACCGGAAAGAGGUGCUUUUGGCUAUUGCUGGAGCUGAGCGCCAAGAGCUGCAUUGAGUUUGGAUUUGAACCUUUAAGGAAGGAGAUCCGGAGGAAGAAGAUGCAGACGAGAAAGGCAAGCACAGAAAGGGACAGUUGAAGGAACUGUAAACCUCGGUCUCAGCUCGCAGCUUGCAGCUCGGAGGAAGCCCUGCCACGGUUUCAGUGGAGCGUCUGAGGAGCAGGAUGGAGUAAAGAAGAGUGUCUGUUUAAGGAGGGUGGGAAGGGGGCUCGGCGGUGCGGAGGAGAGAAAACAGAGACAGAAAGGAAACAGAGAGAAAAGCCAAGGCUGGUGCUUGCGAAUUUGGAAUUCGAUUGGAAGAGAUCGUUCACUGGGGGAAAUGGAUUCUGUACCAAGACUGACCAGCGUUUUGGCUUUGGUGCUCUCUGGCUUCUGGCAUUUAGGAUUAACAGCAACAAAUUACAACUGUGAUGACCCACUGGCCUCCUUCCUCUCACCAAUGGCUUUCUCCAGCUCCUCGGAUCUCACAGGAAGUUCCAGCCAGGCUCAACUGAACUGGAGAAUGGGAACUGGUGGUUGGUCCCCAGCAGAUUCCAAUGCCCAACAGUGGCUCCAGAUGGACCUGGGCAACAGAGUGGAGAUCACGGCAGUGGCCACGCAGGGAAGAUACGGGAGCUCUGACUGGGUGACAAGCUACGGCCUGAUGUUCAGCGACACAGGGCACAACUGGGAGCAGUACAAGCAAGAAGACAGCAUCUGGACAUUUGCAGGAAACGUGAAUGCUGACAGUGUGGUGCAUCACAAGCUGCUCCACUCCGUGAGAACCCGCUUUGUUCGCUUUGUGCCAUUGGAGUGGAAUCCAAACGGCAAGAUUGGCAUGAGAGUGGAGGUCCAUGGAUGCUCCUACAAAUCAGAUGUUGCUGACUUUGACGGCAGGAGCUCGCUUUUGUACAGGUUCAAUCAGAAGAUGAUGAGCACCCUCAAAGACGUGAUUUCCCUGAAGUUCAAGAGCAUGCAAGGAGAUGGGGUUCUGUUCCAUGGAGAAGGACAACGUGGAGACCAUAUUACCCUGGAGCUCCAGAAGGGCAGACUAGCCCUGUACCUGAACCUGGAUGACAGCAAAGCCCGACUCAGCAGCAUCGAGCCCUCUGCCGUGCUGGGUAGCCUUCUCGAUGACCAGCACUGGCACUCGGUUCUCCUGGAGCGUGUGGGCAAGCAGGCGAACUUCACUGUGGACACGUACACGCAGCACUUCCGGACCAAGGGUGAGACCGAUGUCCUGGACAUCGACUAUGAGCUCAGUUUUGGAGGAAUUCCAGUGCCAAGCAAACCUGGGACCUUUUUAAAGAAAAACUUCCAUGGCUGUAUUGAAAACCUGUACUACAAUGGAGUGAACAUAAUCGACUUGGCCAAAAGACGCAAACAUCAAAUCUACUCUGUGGGCAAUGUCACUUUUUCCUGCUCAGAACCACAAAUAGUCCCCAUCACAUUUGUCAACUCCAGAAGUAGUUAUUUGCUGCUGCCCGGCACCCCCCAGAUUGAUGGACUGUCAGUGAGUUUCCAGUUUCGAACAUGGAACAGGGAUGGUCUGCUCCUGUCCACAGAGCUCUCUGAAGGCUCAGGGACCCUGAUGCUCAUGCUGGAGGGUGGGACUCUGAGGCUCCUGAUUAAGAAAGAGCCAGGACAUGGAACUGAAAUCCUUACAGGCAGUGACUUGAAUGAUGGCCUGUGGCACUCUGUCAGCAUCAAUGCCAGGAGAAACCGUGUCACCCUCACACUGGAUAAUGAUGCUACUUCCCCGGCUGCAGAUACCUCCCAGCUGCAAAUUUACUCUGGAAAUAGUUACUACUUUGGAGGGUGCCCCGACAAUCUCACCGAUUCCCAAUGCUUAAAUCCCAUUAAGGCUUUCCAAGGCUGCAUGAGGCUCAUCUUUAUUGAUAACCAGCCCAAGGACCUCAUUUCAGUUCAGCAAGGUUCCCUGGGGAAUUUUAGUGAUUUACACAUUGAUCUGUGUAGCAUCAAAGACAGGUGUUUGCCAAACUACUGUGAACAUGGAGGACAAUGUGCCCAAUCCUGGACUACCUUCGACUGCAACUGUAGUAACACUGGUUACACGGGCGCCACCUGUCACGACUCCAUCUAUGAGCAAUCCUGUGAGGUGUAUAGACACCGAGGAAACAAAGCUGGCUUCUUCUAUGUUGAUUCUGAUGGCAGUGGACCGUUGGGACCUCUCCAGGUGUACUGCAAUAUCACUGAGGACAAGAUCUGGAUGAUGGUUCAGCACAACAACACAGAAUUGACUUGGGUACAGGGUUCCAACCCUGAGAAGCCCUAUGCCAUGACCUUGAACUAUGGGGGCAGUAUGGAGCAGCUGGAGGCUCUGAUUGAUGGCUCAGAGCACUGUGAACAGGAGGUGGCAUAUCACUGCAGGAGAUCUCGCCUGCUUAACACACCAGAUGGAGCCCCAUUCACCUGGUGGAUUGGGAGAUCCAAUGAAAGGCACCCUUACUGGGGAGGUUCUGUUCCUGGGGUCCAGCAAUGUGGAUGUGGCCUAGAGGAGAGCUGCCUGGACAUUCGACACUUUUGCAAUUGUGACGCAGACACAGAUGAAUGGACAAAGGAUACUGGUUUUCUUUCCUUCAAAGAGCACUUGCCUGUAACUCAGAUAAUCAUCACUGAUACCAACAGAUCAAACUCAGAAGCUGCUUGGAGAAUUGGCCCUUUGCGUUGCUAUGGUGACCGACACUACUGGAAUGCCGUUGCCUUUUCCACUGAAGCUUCUUACCUCCACUUUCCUACCUUCCAUGCGGAAUUCAGCGCUGACAUUUCCUUCUUUUUUAAAACCACUGCUUUAUCUGGAGUUUUCCUAGAGAACCUUGGAAUGAAAGACUUCAUCCGACUUGAAAUGAGCUCUCCUUCUGAGGUCACAUUCGCCAUUGAUGUUGGGAAUGGCCCUGUCGAGCUCCUUGUUCAGUCUCCUUCUCCUCUGAAUGACAACCAAUGGCAUUAUAUACGGGCUGAGAGGAACCUCAAGGAGACCUCCCUGCAGGUGGAUAACCUUCCAUGGAGUACAAGGGAGACCUCAGAGGAAGGCCAUUUCCGACUUCAGCUGAAUAGCCAGUUGUUUGUAGGAGGCACAUCAUCAAGACAGAAAGGGUUUCUUGGAUGUAUCCGCUCUUUACAUUUGAAUGGGCAGAAAGUGGACCUGGAAGAGAGGGCAAAGGUCACGUCUGGAGUCAGACCUGGCUGCCCAGGUCACUGCAGCAGCUAUGGAAGCAACUGCCACAAUGGGGGCAAGUGUGUGGAAAAGCACAGUGGCUACUCCUGUGACUGCACCAACACCCCAUAUGAAGGGCCUUUCUGCCAGAAAGAGAUUUCAGCUCUUUUUGAUUCUGGCAGCUCAGUUACAUACAUGUUUCAAGAACCAUACCCGGUGACCAAGAACACAAGCCCCUCGUCUUCAGCUAUCUACACAGAUACAGCCCCAUCCAAGGAAACCAUCACACUGAGCUUUGUGACAGCACAGGCCCCCAGCCUCUUGCUUUUCCUCAAUUCCUCUUCUGAUGAUUUUCUGGCUAUCCUGAUCUGCAAGAAUGGAAGUUUACAAGUUCGCUAUCGGCUAAACAAGGAAGAAAGUCAUGUGUUCACCAUCAGCACAGAGAACUUGGCCAACAGAAGGGUGCAUCAGGUGAAGAUUAGCCGAGAGGGGCCAGAACUUUCCAUUCAGGUAGACCAACAACUCUUCAGCUAUAACUUCUCUCCAGAAGCUGAGUUCAGGACAGCAAGGUCACUAAUUCUAGGCAAAGUCACAGAGACCCUUUGGUUGGAUCCAGAAGUUGCUAAAGCAAACACCUUGGGUUUUGUUGGAUGCCUUUCUUCAGUCCAAUACAACCACAUAGCACCAUUGAAGGCAGCCCUCCGCCAUGCCAGCAUUGCACCUGUGACUGUCCAAGGGACCUUGACAGAAUCCAACUGUGGCUCCAUGGUGGACUCUGAUAUGAAUGCAGUGACCACUGUGCAUUCUUCAUCAGAUCCCUUUGAAAAGACAGAUGAGCAUGAGCCACUCACAAAUGCAGUCCGGAGUGACUCUGCAGUCAUUGGAGGUGUCAUAGCAGUGGUGACAUUUGUCACCUUUUGUAUCGUCGGCAUCAUGACCCGCUUCCUCUAUCAGCAUAAGCAGUCACACCGCACCAAUCAGAUGAAGGAGAAGGAAUACCCAGAGAACUUGGACAGUUCCUUUAGAAAUGACAUUGACUUGCAAAACACAGCCAGCGAGUGCAAACGGGAAUAUUUCAUCUGAGACGCCACAGGGUCACCUGGUCCUCUUUUUUGUGGGUUCCCCCCCUUAUUUUCUCUUCUCUUUUAAUUUAGGUAUUCUCUUUCUCUCUUUCACCAUUAAUUUUCUGGAAAACACCUGCGUCCACCAAGAGCAUUGAUCUCCUUCACCCAGCUCAGGAGAUCAGGGAGCAAUAGCUACUGUGCUUCACUGACAUAUGCAUCAUUGUGAAAGUGAGCACUGGAGACACAGAGUUCACUCUUGUGAACAAGGAAGAACAUGUGUGUACACAUGCAUACUCGGUGUUUGUGGUUUCUAAACUUCACUCCGCAGUUUCUCAGGCACUUGCUCUUGCCAGAUCUCUUCAGACUUGAGCUCUGUGACAUUGGCUUUAACAAUUGUCUCCAACAUGCUGCCCCAUACCAUAUUGGUAGGUACUGUAGCCUGAGAGGAGACAGACAGACAGAGUCAGAUCAUCCUUUAAGCAGAGUUUAUUAGGGAGUCCAAUAGAGCAGGAGGGAAUGAAGUAAAUCCACCCAGAGAAAGCAAUGUUUGUUCUUUUUAUGUCCCUUGUGAUAGGGUAGGGAGGUUGGGAGAUGUUAUGACACAAAGAAAUUCUUCUAAAGCAGACAUCAUCUAACCAGUCUUAGAGACAUUUAUUAUUAAUUUUUAUUUUGCUUCUUUUCUUUUUUUGUGGCUGAAGCAGUUAUUUGUAAAGUAACCAGGACAUUUUUCCUAAGACACCAAUUAAAGACCAAUGAGCUCAGUGAGUGUGAGACCCCUGGCAAGGUCACAGUCAUGUGUCCUGCCUGUAGCCUUCUCCAGUUAGGACUUAAAUAUCUGGAAGACUCUGACUCCAUGUGGGCACAGGAAAACUUGGUGCUUCAGGGAGAGAGACUAUACAUCUGUCUGAUGUGGGAGCCCUUCAUAACACCCAUAAAAACAAAGAGACUGUAUUUAGAGAGUCUAGAUUAUAAGAGCACCCAACUGGGGGACCCAGAGCAGAGGGAGACUCUUCUGGCCUGCUUGUUUUGGUAGCAUUUUACAAGCAACCGGAGACACCUGUGUUAGUUUAAUGUUGACACCAUAAGUAUUCCCCUACUCCAUGCAUCACCUUUUCCAUAGAGUUUCAGUACUUUCCAAUAUGGCAUAACUGAGCAUUUACUGAGUUAUAUAUGGAACAGUGAGCAGUUACUUUGUGUCUCUCUUGCUGUUCUGGUAUGAGGCAUGGAUUCAGUACCCUGAAACCAGGAGUCUUCAAAAAAGCUGUGAGGAAGUAGCUGCUCCCAGAACUUUACAACUGCCUUCUCCACUUUACUACAAUGUGUUAGCUAGGUUAUUCCUCAGAUUGUUAUACUGAAGAAAAAAUAUACACAUGUCUAUUUUGUGGCAGCACAAACAGAAUUCAAAUAAAAGUCUAAAUUCGUUCCAUGAAAAAUGUUUAGGCCCUCUUAGCUCAUCUUGGAGGAGAACUGGAAAAGAAAGAAAGAAAGAAAAACAUAAGGGAAAGAGCUGCAAGAAAAAUAAGAAAUAUCCAGCUGAUUUAUCCCCAGCCAUCCACUCCAGAAAGCUCCAGUAAAGACAGAAUGUGCAGGGAAGCAGGAUUCACAUUCUAGAAUACAUGUUAUUAGUUCACUGACAACUGAGCUCUUUUCCAAGAGGCAAGAGCCUGGCUUUUGUGUGUGGCAGCGUGGCCACCUCUAGCUCAGGGGAUUUGAAGGAAGCCCUUAGUUUGUGAAUCACAUCACAUUUCAGAGUCUACACCCAUGUAUACAAAGGUGCCUGUGCCUCCAGCUUGGCAUUCUUUUGGUAGAAAAGCAUAUAGUUAUUUCAAAAGGGCAUCUUGAAUUUGUCCAUGGUGGGUAAUCCUGAUUAUUUUUUAACUCUGCCCUUGGAUCACCGUGGAAUAAAGACAAGGGAAAAAUGACAACCCAAACACUUUAGGACUUAGGGAAUGCUAGAAGCAAGAUCCCUGUCAGUUCUCUUCGUAGGGCAGACCUGAUUUGCAAAGCAGGUGCCCUGACAGCCAUUAGGUCAUCCAUCUUAGAGAACUUCUGAUUGUUCAGCACUUCCCUGGACAAGAGGUUCACAGUGAAAUCCUCACUGUCUUUAUCCAGGUUCCCAUCUGUACCUUUUCUUCCCUUGCAGAGCUACAGAGGUAAGGAUUAGGUGAGGCAUCACAGUCCACAACUCUGAGAUACUGUCCUAAAUACAAGUUCUUUCCUUAAAAUUUUCUAUGAAUUCUUACACACCCUUUUCCUCCUUUAGGAUAUUGCUAUCCUUUUGCUACUGAACUUAUUCUAAAGCAAUUCUAACAAAUAUGUCUGUUUUAAUUUUUCUAUCUUUCAUAUGACAAAUAACCAUGUAAUAAAAUGAGAGAUACUGAAAGUCUAUUUCCCUAUUCCCUUCGUUCCCUGUUUUCUAAUUUCUACUUUUGAAUUUUUUGGCUCUAUAAAAGCUUGUAUAAAUCCCGUUUGCUUGGCUGCAUAUUUCCCUGCCUCCAUUAAUGAAAGUCAUGCUGAGAUUUAGCCCUAAAUACCUCUAAUAAUGAAACAACAGGUGAGGGAGAGUAACCACACUGAAACACUUUCUAACUGGAAUCCUCAGAAGCAAGCACCAUAUUUUUCUGGCAUGAUAUGACUGGAUAAACAUGGAAGUACAAGACAAAUCAAUAUGUAUGGUUCCUUCAUGCACAAGUAUGAACUUAGAGAUAAUCAUGUAGGGAAAUGUGUGAUGCCAGUCUCUGCCCUCUGAAUAGCCCACAUUCUACUGGCUUCAUCCCUGGAUGUGCAGGCCAUGAAUACCAGGACACUGGGCAUGUGAACCAAAUGGCGGAUGUAUGCCGAGGUGGUGUAUUAUCAUAAGUAGUCUCAGGGUGAAAUGGGAAUUUCUUCAUAACCCACAACACACACCAGGUGAAAAAUCUAGCACUCUCCAUCUACUAUGCUGAAUACACAUCACAGCUAGAAGCAGGAGUAUGUUUCAGAGUUGGUGGCAAUAUCUGUUUGGUUUAUGCAAUUAUUCAGUUGUCUUCUCCACUUUCAAAUGAUUACAACCCAAAACAAGGGGAAGAGUGUUCAAAUCCUCCUUUAGCUGCCACUUUCCUCAAUGGGAUACAGGUUUUGUGAUGCCUCCUAGAGUAUAAUUAUAUUCUCAGUCAUUGAUGCCUGAUGUUUACAAAAAGAAUUUGUGGAAUAUCAGCCUUUACAGUAAAAUCCAAAACACCUGUAUAAUUUCCCAUCCUAAGGUGCUAUUUCAUUGCUAUUAUUCCACUGAACAAAUCUAUUAAUGCAAGCAACUGUAUGUUUGCUUACCCUAAAAGACAUUUAGCAACAGCUGUGAUAUUCAGUCCAUGCAUAGGGUAGACUGCUCUGUUUUCUCCAAGAUUUAGGCCAGGAAAAUAGAUAUUUGUCAUUUUCUGUGUAUCUAUUUUAUAAAUAGAUUAGUUCAUGUUCAUUUAAAGAACUCUGGAGCUGAUAUUUUACAACUUUAUUCUCUUUAGAAAUCAGAAGUGGCACUAUCUCAAUUCUCAACUUUUGUCAGAAUCCUGACUAAUAUAUCAUAGAAGAAGUAGGACCACAGCUAAAUGAGUAUGCAGUUCUCUUUCCCGUAUUCAGUCAUAUGACAUAUGUGAAACAUCUGACUCCCGAGUAUUCUGUUAGAUACACAAAUAUUUACUGUCCUUGUGCACUUAAAGUGCAAUCUUACAGCAACAAAAGUGUGCUCACAGCACAAGGGAGCAGAGAGCAAGGACUUAGGCACAGAUAAUUUGCAAACCACUUUCCAGAGGGUUCUAAAAGUCAAUGCAUUUUGGGGCAAUUCUUAUAAUUUUGUGUCUUAUUUAUUAAUUCUAAGAGAAACAAUUGCUUUGUUUGUCUUCCCCAAAGGUCAUGCAGACAUAUUUCUGUAGAGGGUGGUCAAUGGACUCUUUGGACAGAGAAAGAACAAAGGUCCCUGUAUCUGAUACACUUUCUUUAAAGAGGGUUUACUUGGUAGCCCUGACAGGUCUGAGACUCUCUAUUGUAAACUCACAGAGAACCACCUAAUUAUGCCGAAGUGUGGACCACUAUCCUGCCUAUGUCAGAUAUAUUGGAAAGGGUGCUAAAUUCUCUAUGAUCUCAUAUCAUUUCCAGUUCAUGCUUUCCACAUGUGUGACCUCUUUGUAUGGCAGACCUGUGUAAAGACUGGAGAGAAAAGAGCAGUCUCUAAUUUCUCCCUCCUCUGAUUUCACUUUUUUGGUGGAUAUUCAUUUAUGGCCAUGGCUCUUUUAGGUCUCCCUUCCGCUGGUUGGUAUUCUGCCAUUUUUAACACUCCCCAUUCUGCCCUAAAGAAACAUUUGACUAUAUUUAAGUAAAUCUCUGGGUCUAGAAAUUAUCUAUUGUGUUAAUAAUUAAUUGAUGUGGUGUCCAUCUAAAUGAGGUCAAACUUCUGUGUUCUACAUGAAUGUUUCCAACCCUGAAGACCAUGCAUGCUCUCUCUCCACACAAUAUCACCUCAAUUAGAAGACUCACAUUAAGAAGUUAUGUUCAUAACCUCCCCAUGGUUUCCAUGGACUUGGGCACCAAGCCUGGGGAACUCAUGCUUGGUUUGUUUGUCUACCAAUUGCUUCACUUCUUUUGAACUCCCCAGAACUACAAUCCGUCAACCUCACUGCAACAGCAGUCUGUCAAGAGGCUCUUGAGGUGCCUCAAUAAUCCUGCCGCUCAUUACUUUCUGAAGCUGUUGUUGGGUUUGCUUUGUCAUCUACUGACCCAUAGGCCACAUUUCAACUAAACAAAUAAAGAAGCAUGUUGGCCCUGCAAGUAGCAAAGGAGGUUAAUGGAAGGAUGGUAUGGACAAACUCAAACAUGCUUGAGUUCUUGAAGCAUGCCUGAAUGCUGUGUCAUGUCUCUCAUGCAGAUUGGAAAUGUUUUCUUUAAAAGAUGCACAGUGUAUCUGAAUCACUUCUUUACCAGUUUGAGGGGCUUUCUUCACUUCUCUUCAUGCCUCACCCAGUCUUCCUCAAGUCAUUGAUUUUGAAAAUGUUAGUUGUUGUUCUUUCUCAGUUCUGUGUUCACAAAUUCUAAAUAGUUGAUGAACCUAAAAGGGGAGAAGAUACAACACACACACACACACACACACACACACACACACACACACACACACACAAGUAAAAAUGAAUAGAGCUGUUCCUCAAACAUUAUACAGAGAACUAUAUGCAUACCGACUUUGUAGGAAGAGAAAGUAUGACCACUUUAUGUUGGAAAUUGUGUAUGUGUCUUUAAAUGACGCAUACAAGGUUCUAAUGAUUGUUUUGCUGUUUUUCAGUAAUUUCAACCCUCUUAUCUUGCACUAAGGUACUCUGGGGGAAAGUGAGAAGCACAUGUAGUAGUGAAACAGUGUACUGUGUAAGCUAGCCCUCUGUCAUUUGUAAAGUUUAUUGUCUACAAAGUGGUGAAGUGGACACAAGCAGCUUAGGUAACAGUGGGCUUUUGUAUUAAAGCAGAUUUGAUGGGAGCUUGUCAAGGAGGGAGAGGGUAUUCAUGGGGCGAACACUGGCUGCUGGAGAUUAAAAGGGCCAGAGCUUCCACCAUGAAAUAAGGGUGGUUCCUCUCCCCACUUUCCUGGCUCCGAACUCAGGAGACUGUUUCAUGAAUUUGUCUUACACCUUAGGGAAGAGGCAAUAUUACAGGCCCUGCAUGAGAAAUGUUUUACUCAUCUUUACAUGGCAUUUUCAUCAUACUCCUGUGAUUUUCAAGUUUUAUGUUUCACUAAUAUAGUCCAGGGAUGGUUUAGAAUUAUCGCCACAGUGUUUUUAUCUGCCCAGGGUGAACACCCAGAUGACAGUUUAAAGUAAAAUAAACUAUGGACAAGAUUCUCAGGUCCAUUGCCCUUAUUUAGAUAUGCUAUGGAUAGAAGUCCUAAAAUAUUGGAAUGAGUCUAUUGGCCUUUAUUUUCCCUCCCUUGGUCAUGCCAUCCAUUGGCAUGCCAUAAUGAUAGAAAGGCAUGAUGCUUUCUAUCACCUACAGUGUAUACUUCAGAAAGCCACCACCUGACACUCUGAGAACACUCUUCCCUUGCUGCCACUCAGCACAGAAGUAAAGCUUGCAUCAAAUAGCAGGUUAAAAGGAGGAUGCUAUUCCCAAGUUAUGAAAUAGGUGAUGUGUGCCAGUGAUUAAAGCCUGGUCAUAUUUUCAUGAGUAUGAGACUAUGCUAUGCUUCAGAUCCCAGUGGUAAAUCUCAGAGGACAUGAAAAAGGCACUGGGUAUGCAGGACAGGCCUCUGUCACCCUGAAGACAUUGAAUAGCCUCCCCAGAUGGAGCCAUUUCAUUACAACCUUACAGGAUAAUAUGAAUGGAGCUCUGACUAGGUACACUUUCACGUUGUAGUCUGCCAUAUCCCAAAGGAUGUAUAUGAAGUAGCAUAAACUCUUCUCUUUGAAUGGCAGCAGCAACCAGUGUGACCUUGUCCUGCCUUAAAUACUCUUGCAAAAAAAGUAAGUUAUCACACCUUGCUUAAAAGAGUGUAUUUAUAUUAUGAGAAGGACUUCAUAUUUGGUGAGGAUCAAUGUCAAUAAUUUCUACUUACCUUGUUAAUAGAUAGGAUUCCCAAUAGCCUAUGUUGUCUUAAACAGGCAUUUCCCACAGAUAGCUAACCUAUGGCAGGAAGAUAAAACAUAGGCAAAUGAAGACACAUGAUGCAUUCUAACUACAUCCUAUAAAACAAGGAACAAUUCACAUUUAGUUCAUGGGAUUCCCAAAUCCCUAAGACAAAGAAAUACCAUGUCCAUUUCAACCUAGAAAUUAGAGCCUUUCUGGAACUUUCUUUAGAAAAAUGAGAGGUCAGGGAGAUUGUCUUUAGCAAAUAAUUAACAAAGUAUAAAUUAUAUAUAUACAUAUAUAUAUCAUUCUUAUAUACAUAUAUGAAUGAUAUGUACAGGCUUUCUUUGAUAAAAGCACAACAGAGGCAAAGCAGACCAUAUCCUUGGGGAUUAGCUGGAGACUCCUUGUUUCUUUGGUUAUUAUAGUUUUUGUUCCUGUGUCAGAAUUCCCAGUUCCAAGUGAUGUUGCCUCAUCCCACGUCUGUUUUGUAUACCAUGUAACAUGUCUUAAUACACUGUAUGGAGAAAGUUAAAGUUAGCCUUAGAAUUCUUUGUUUUCUAUGCUUUUUGCUGUACAGAAGAAUGACUUACCUGUGAAUACUGUAUAUUUAAUAAAGAAAGAAUUUUGUAUCA